GCUACCAGUAAGAUGAAGCCAGGUGGAGGCGUGUCUCCUAAGCGGCUUUGCAAACGCGGCUUGACACGCCACACACUCACACGUCAUUUUAUGCUGACGCUAGCUAGCUAGCAUAAAAUGAUUUCCGCCACAACUGUGCUUAUUAACCGCACCCUUGUUGAUCGUUGCGCCAGGCUGGUCCACUCCUCUGCUUUCUUCAACAUGCCGAUUCAGGUGGGUCAAAGUCUUCCUGCAGUGGAAGUCCAAGAGGGUGAGCCAGGAAAUAAGGUGGCAAUGAAUCAGCUCUUCAAGGGAAAAAAGGGCAUCCUCUUUGCUGUACCAGGAGCUUUCACCCCUGGUUGCUCCAAGACUCACCUCCCAGGUUUUGUGCAGCAGGCAGCGGACUUGAGGACUAAAGGCAUACAAGAGGUGGCCUGUGUUUCUGUGAACGAUGCAUUUGUCAUGGCUGCCUGGGGGAAGGAGCAUGGCACAGAUGGCAAGAUUCGAAUGUUGGCUGAUCCAACUGGAGCAUUUACAAAGGCUGUGGACUUGUUACUUGAUAGUGAUCAAAUCGUGCAAGCACUUGGAAACAAGCGAUCUAAGAGAUAUGCUAUGUUGGUUGAAGAUGGAGUUGUGAAGAAGAUCAAUGUGGAGCCUGACGGCACUGGGUUGACAUGCAGCUUGGCGCCCAUUAUUCUCUCUGAGCUGUAGGCUUGUUGACGGUUUCUUUUGCAAAUUCUAAAAGUCGCACUCACUGUUCCGAAUCCUCGUCCCAAAGGGUACCGCAAAUGUUACAAAGAUUCUAGUCUCUAAAGAAAAUGCGCACAAAUAUGACCUGCAAUGCAAAGAACAGUGUAAUAUGUCAUGUACCUUGAGUGAUAAUAAAAUGUAUUUCUAAGGCAGUAA